UUAAUAUACAAAUGUCCAACACAAGUGAUAAACUAUGGCACUUUGAUGCUCCACGAUAUUAUGAUUUUGGCAAAACGGAAGAAGAAAACAAUCAUCAAGGAGACACAUGGUUUGCACGACAAGCUACUUCCAGUUUAUCUGUAUCGUCGUUAUCUACGUUGAAAAAUUCCAAUAACAGCAUGGAAAAAGACGGAAAUUUGGACAAAGCCAGAGAAGAACAAUUACAGGAAUCUCAAACAUCCAACUACAUGGAAAUGAACGACUACCAAACGUUGGAAUAUCAGCCGAUUAACUAUACAGAAGAUGUCUAUUUGAACUCACCAUCACAAAGACGAACACCAUUAAAACGACGUGACAUGAAGAAGGAAUUGGUACGGACGCAGACACAACAGGAACAGCAAGGAUAUCAAAAUAGCUCAAAUGAGGGAACAUCAAACGGAGGAUCUACUCGAAUUUCAUUACCAUCUCGAAGGGCAAUAGAAAAUGAACCUAGUUAUGAAAGCGAUCAUCAGGAAUCAAAGGAUGGACACCCAUCUAUCCAGUUACCGCAGAGGCGACGACGUAUAUCACCCAUCUCAACUGAAGAAAGUACUGCUCCUUCGUUUCCAAAACCAACUUCUCCGCUUACUUCAAAUGUAUCACCUGCAAUACAACAGCAUGAUCAAGGCAAUCAUAUCAAUACGGAACAAGUCAAUCCAUUGUCUUCAUCAAAUACAAAUCAAUUUCUUUCGCCAAUCUUGGGUGAUUCAUCUAUCGCAGACAAGUCUACGUUAACAAUGAAACAACAACACAUGGACACAGAAACAGCAGGGAAGGAAAAACAACAAGCAACUGGAAAUAGUGCCUACUCUUCAUCAACACCUGAAAACGACCAUAUCAUGGAAGAUCAGAGUGAACAUUUAUCAUCCCCAAAUCAACUACGACUACCGACUAGAAAGCGAGUAUCCACUGAAAGAGUAGAUGAUAUUACUGCAACACCUGAGAAUAACAGCCGUUCUUCGGACGCCAAUACAAUUGUAUCUGAAACGCCAUUACUGAAGCUUAUUGCGCAGAUCAAAUCACAACGACAAUCCCCGGUGUCAAGGAAACGUCCACGUUCAGUAGAAAUGGAUGAUCAACACGACAGCAAUGACCAACCAUCAUCGCCACUCUUACAACUCAUCGCACGUGUUCAAUCCUAUCGACAUAUACCCAAACUUGUUAGCGAUGGGAACCUAGGAAGAUCAUCAUGGAAAAUGGAAACAAUAAUGAAUCGUGCAAGAAGAGUGAUUGACGAAGCACAUACUAAAAGUAGACAAUGGAUCAUACCCAGCGAGCAUCAGCGCUUAUCCGACUUUAUAAAACAGCAUCAGAAAAGACGAUUUAGCACUACCGCCAAAACACGCAUCAGUAUGAUAUCGAAGCAUUCACAUGAAGACAAUGAAUAUGAUAUUUCUAUUUCUGAUGAUGAUGAUGAUGAUGAUGAUGAUGAUACACUCAAGGACCAACAUACAAAUGAACAUCUUGAUCCAUCUGAACGUUCAUUUGUUUCACGCUAUUUGCCAGUAAAUCUGACCAUCCCACGAAGCCCGAAAUUUGCCACCAAUAAACGAUCAAGACGAUGGUGAUCAUAAUGAUCAUCAUUCCACUCCUAUGUAUAUAUGUAUAGAACAAUUGAUAGUGUAGUUUUAUUUUGAUCAUCUUUUAC